UCACUCCGCGGAGACCGAGUCCCCUUCGCCUAAGGUAGUCUGAGUGGAGAAAGUAAUGAAGAUGGAAGGAGCUGAUGUUGAUGAAUUAUUGAGGAGAUUUAUGGAGUAGCGAGGUGAUAGCCGUUCACUCGUCUUUGUCGGAACGAUAGAGGACAGCGAUACCAGGAAAUUGACAGAUAGCAUGCCAGUAGAGGUGACUCCACUGCAGAUGAGGGAACAUGUUGGCUAUGGACCAAGGAGUGGUGGAGGAAUGGCUUUCAGAAUUUAAGACCCUUCCUGACAGUGCUGUGUCCAACUAUGCCGCCUCACUAAGAGACAAAGGUGCCCUGGUCCCCGCACUCUACAAAGUCAUACGAGAGAACUACAGCGAUUUGCUGGAGCCAGUGUGUCACCAGUUGUUUGAGUUUUACCGGAGCGGUGAGCCGCAGCUGCAGCGUUUCACGCUACAGUUCCUGCCAGAGCUCCUGUGGAGCCUGCUGUCCGUCAGCGCAGCCAGAGACCCCCACACCUCCGGCUGCAUCGAGGCCCUGCUGCUGGGCAUUUACAACCUGGAAAUAGUUGAUAAAGAUGGACAAAGUAAAAUAUUAUCUUUUACGGUCCCUUCCCUCUCCAAACCCUCAGUGUACCACGAGCCUUCUGCCAUCGGCUCCAUUGCCCUUACUGAAGGGGCUCUAGCCAAUCACGGGCUGAGCAGGGUGGUGUACAGCGGGCCACACCUCCAAAGAGAGACCUUUACAGCACAAAAUAGAUUUGAGGUGCUGACCUUCCUGCUGCUGUGCUACAAUGCUGCUCUCAGCUACAUGACCUCCACCUCCCUCCAGUCCCUCUGCCAACUCAGCUCCAGGGUGUGUAUAUGCGGUUACCCACGGCAACAGAUGCGGCGCUACAAGGGCAUUAGCACACGGCUGACAGUCACGUCUGAGUUCCUGGUUCAGCUCAUCACAGGGAUACACUACGCCUUGUGCAAUGGGGAAGUUGAACUGGGAUCCAAAGCACUGGAUGACGUUCUGUAUCGGGCCCAGCUAGAGUUGUUCCCUGAAGCUCUGUUGGUGGGUAAUGCCAUCAAGUCGUCACUGCACGGCGCAGCGCUGAAGAGCAACAACAAGGAGGGUGCACGGAGUAUCCAGGUGGAGAUCACACCCACCUCCUCCAGGAUCUCCCGAAAUGCUGUCACCUCCCUCUCUAUCAGGGGACACCGCUGGAAGAGACACGACGCAGUGGAUCUGGGUUCCCCGGAUGAGCUGAUGGAUAUUUCAGAGGUGGAUGAAGGGGUGUGGCCAGGUGGCGUGGGGCCUGACAUGACUCCACCCACCAUCACUAUCAGCAACAGCGUCACCACGUUGAACCUGGGGGCCAAAGCCAUGAAGAAGUGUCGGCUCGGUGGGCGCACCAGCAAGGACAAGGACAAGGAGGCGGGCCCUCUAACAACGGGCCGGGCCAACAGCGAGAACAUAGAGCUGUCUAUCAAGCGACUGACGCUCACUUCCAGCCAAUCAGUGCCCAAGGCAGGAGCUCUCACUAGCCUGACGCGUACCGCCAGCGCCGUCUUCUCCCGCUCCUUUGAGCAGGUUGCCAGCGGCAACGCCCCCCCCUCCAGCAACCACACCUCCUCUGAAGCGGCCCGUUAUUCAUGCAGCCUGCAGGAGGAAGGGCUGGGGUACUUGAGUCCGGCGCCAAACCACACGCAGCGCUCUCCCAGCAUUAGCGUGCACCUUGGCUCUGACCUUUGAACCCUUUUGUGACUCCUGACUACCUGAACCCUCGCCUCUGAUCCCUGUGACCCUGUACCUGUGACCUGGAACUCCAAGCCAUGCCAACUGCAACGGACCAGAAAUGCACGAACAAACACUCCCGCUGGUUCCCUCGUCACUCCAUUUUAACGUCUUCGAUUCUCUGUGCUGUAAACCAGACAUCCAGACUUCCGUCAGCUCCCUCUGUUCCUUCCCCCUCAAGCAGAGUCUUCUGUGGGCCUGAUGGAAGCGGGAUGUCAGGGAUACCACCUCCAGCUUCAACGAUUUUUACUAGUGCACUGUUGCCGUGAAGUCGUGCCAGGAUAAAACUGUACUGUCGGAGAGCAGCCUGUCGUAAAUGGGUGCACUGAAAACUCAUUACUAAAAAAAAAAAAAAAAACUGUGUGGAAAACUAUUUGGAAAGUAUUUUAAUUGGCAUUUGUUGCCCUGCAUGGCUUUCCCAUACAUCCAUCCUGACCUUGCCCAGGUUUGUCAGAGGGCAGAUGUUGAGUAUGUAUGGGCAUGCUUGAGUGUAUGUACUGAAUGUGUGUAUGUGCAAUUGUUUUUAGAAUAAAGGCUGCUGAUUGAUACAAUGAACAAGGUAUGAUUCUCCGAGUUGAAACAAGUGUUUCUACUACUUUAAAAAAAAAAAAAAAAAAAUCGUUCCCUUUCCCAUAGCAAUACAAAUCUCUCCUAAUCAGUGUUUUUCAUCUUUUGGGAAGAUUACCCAAACUCCCCCUGUUCACAGUAGUUACAGCUGUGCUUCUUCCCUUAAAACAUCUGGAAAUACAACCACUAAAUAAUCAACCAUUAAAAAUAAUUGGUUCUUUAUGUUUACAACCGCACAGAAUUGUCGUCAUAAUGAUGGAGAAGCAAUAUGUGUGUCCCUCCCUCUCGCUCCUCUAGCACUUUCCUCAAUUGCUGUGUAUUUGAUGGCAACUCUAAAAAAACGCCAACUUCUGAAAAAUGAUGAGGACGAUUUUGACGAUGGGGGGGGGACGAUGGGUGUGCGUGAUUUUGAGUAUUGAAUUUUGCACUCUAAAGAGCAAACGAGUUGUGUUCUCAACUUUUGGUAUUUUCUUAUGAUGAACAAGAGAGGUUUGACUCUCAACUGUGGUAUUCUCCUGUGAGACAGAUGCAUUUUGUUGCUCCAUACGAAUUUCUACUCUCGCAUCUAAACGCUGAUCCAAAAAAAGUUGAAAACCACACAGACUUGAAGUCCACCUACUUGCACGGAGGUAAACAAAUCUGAGAGGAAAAGCUGUAUCUGAACCUAUUCCUGUGUAUUCUGCAGUAAGAAGCUGUGUGGGGCAACAAGGCAUCUUUCCUCUCCUGAUUCACCCACCAUUCCAGCUGUUUGUAGUACUUUUUGGUGAUGUGUUUCCUGUGUCCCUACUUGUUCACAUUAUCAUCAACAUCAUCACGUCACAUGACAUGGUGAUAUUCUCUUGUACCAAAAAAGGAAUUAAACUCCACCCAUCUGCUACAUUUGAUGUCCUAAAUCGAGCAUCCAUGCUGCCCUAUCCUCAAGCAAAAGUGUGUUCUGUUGUCUGUGUACUAGAGCUGUCGAGUGUCGAUACAGUCGCUUGGUGGGACGAUAACAAUCAUCGUGUUUCUGUAUGUGGGUUUACAGAAUGUGAGCUCUUGUUGUACAUCAUACUGUUGUACUAAAGUUGGUUUCUAUUGGCCUUUCUAUGUCUGAAGAUAACUCACUGCUACAACUUCUGGGAAUAAAGUGUUUCUAUAUUUC